AUGCAUAUAUUCAUAGAAACGCCUGUUCGCGAACUGCCAAAUGAAUACUUCGAGGAAAUAUGGGAAAACCACAGACGUUUACUGCUCAUGAUUUUCCACAAGGAACCCAUCCAAACGAGUUUGCAGCUGGCGUAUGAGGCAUGUGAAACGGUCUGUCGAUAUCAUAAAGCGGAAGAAGUCUAUAGACGACUGGAAAGCGAGUUAUUAGUACAAAUCCAGCGAUUAGCAGGGGUUUUACUUGAGGGGCUAAAUACAAAAAAUACCGCGUUUAUUGCCGAUCUGAACCGUGAAUGGAUAGAGCUUUGCUCGGCACUGGUCUUGAUCCGUAACAUAUUCAUGGAACUGGAUCGUCGUUAUCUGAUUCGCGCUACUGAAUAUUCCUCUAUCAUCGACCUGGGAAAACAACUAUUCCGAAAGCAUGUCAUGGGCUCCAGAGCAUUACAAAAUAAUGCAAUUACAGAUAUCCUGGCAUUGAUAAGAGAAGAACGUAACGGGAACGUCAUUGACAAGGAACUUGUUCGCUCACUGAUUACGAUGCUAUUGGAGUUGAAUUUGUAUGUUGAUGCCUUUGAACCCGUAUUUCUCAAAAGCACACGCGAAUAUUACAACGCUGAGGCAGACCGACUUUUACGAGAAUUGACUAUACCAGAUUAUUUGCUGCACGCCAAUCGACGAUACAAGGAAGAGGGCGACGAGCGUAUACAAGCAUAUCUGGAGCAAACCAGCAGGACACGGCUUCUUGAAAGUGUCAAGGCGCAAUUUGUUUACCUAAAGAUCGGUCAAAUCCUUGAAAAAGGUUUCGAUGCCAUGAUGGAUACGAUGGAGAAGGAACCUUUGCGCAUAUUGUAUACAUCCAUUGUCAAUGAUCGGGGUGUCAUACAUCUUCGAACUGCAUUUUCAAGUUAUAUCAAGCGACGAGGAACAGAGCUUAUCAGAGAUCCAAAGCAAGACACACGAAUGAUCACUUCUCUCUUACAAUACAAGUCUAAACUUGACGAAAUCGUGCGUGAUUGCUUUUGCAGCGAUGAUAUGUUUUUGCAUGCCCUUAAGGAAAGUUUUGAAGGAUUUGUCAACUCACGGCGAGCCAAACCGGCAGAGCUUUUGGCCAAAUUCAUUGACAGCAAGUUGCGUGCUAGCUCAAAGAACAAUGAAGAGGAUCUGGAACAGCUUCUGGAUCGUCUUUUGGUCAUCUUCCGUUACUUACAAGGUAGCAAAGAUGCAUUUGAAGCAUUUUAUAAACGGUUCCUGUCAAAACGACUAUUAUUGAGUCGUAGUGCUUCCUAUGACAUGGAAAAAAGUGUGCUAGCAAAACUCAAGACAGAAUGUGGUCCAGGAUUUACAAAGAAUUUGGAAGCCAUGUUCAAAGAUAUCGAAGUAUCGGCAGAUCUCAACAGUCAAUUUAAGACCUCAAAACAAUACCCUCGAGAUAUGGAUAUGGUGUUCCAAGUAAAUGUGCUAGCUCAAGGCAUCUGGCCAACGUACUCUAUGUGCGAAUUUUCAUUACCGCCUCAGAUGUCACGAUGCAAAGCAGCAUAUGAGGAAUUCUAUCCAACCCAUUUUAAGGGUCGACGACUGACAUGGCAAAACUCACUUGCAUCAUGUGUAGUGAAGGGACACUUUCCAUCGGGUACAAAGGAUCUGACUGUGAGCCUACUGCAGACAGCGGUCCUGCUUUUGUUCAAUGAUACCGACACACUCUCGUGUAUGGAUAUUGCACAAGCGACAAAUAUGGAGGAGAAAGAAUUGAAGCGCACACUGCAAUCGUUAGCAUGCGGACAACAUAAGCUUUUGAUCAAAGACUCAGAAGGCAUGGACGUUCAGAUGUCGGAUAUGUUUAAAUACAAUUCGGACUUUACAGCCGCAUCUAUACGGCUCAAGAUCAAUGUACUGCAACAAGAACAGUCAGGAGAGGAGCGGAAGGCUACAGAAACAAAGGUCCUUGUGGAUCGACAGCACCAGCUCGAGGCAGCCAUUGUGCGUGUCAUGAAGGCAAAACGACGACUGAAUCAUACUGAAUUGAUGAACGAACUCUUUACACAAGUCAAGUUUCCUCUGGAGGCAACGGAUAUAAAGAAACGAAUCGAAUCGCUUAUUGACAGAGAAUAUCUUGGGCGUGACGAAGAAAACCCUAGCACAUACAUAUAUAAAUAG